CGGCUUUGACAGUCUCUCAUCUCAUGUAGUUCGGUUCGACUUCAACUAGCUGUCGGUGUCGGCUCUUGACUAUAAUUUUUCUUGUCCUAUCAGUCAAAGAUUUAAAUUUCCUGUGAUCAAAUUAUCAUAAAAAUGUUAUACAUUUAGUGAAAUCCUUGUGAAAAUUAUGAAAAUAUCGUAAAAUAUAGAAAUAAGAAAACUAAGCACAACAAUGGCUAAUGUAAAAGCAGCUCCUAAGGAACAACCAAAAAUACCUCCACCGCCACAGAUACUACCAAAGAUUAUAAAUGGAGGCAUCGCGGGCAUCAUCGGCGUGUCCGUAGUGUUCCCCAUCGACUUGGUGAAGACGCGGCUGCAGAACCAGGUCAUCGGCCCCAAUGGCGAGAAACAGUACAAAAACAUGUUGGAUUGUUUUAAGAAGACAUAUGCCCAAGAGGGAUAUUUCGGCAUGUACCGCGGUUCGGCGGUGAACAUCAUACUCGUCACGCCCGAGAAAGCCAUCAAGCUGGCUUGCAACGAUAUGUUCCGCUACUAUCUCACUUUGCCUGAUGGGAGCCUGCCGAUCUUCCGGCAGAUGAUCGCGGGCGGCGCGGCGGGCGCGUGCCAGAUCGUCAUCACCACGCCCAUGGAGCUGCUCAAGAUCCAGAUGCAGGACGCGGGCCGCCUGGCUGCGCAAGCGAAAAAAGAGGGCCGGAAGUUCGAGCGUCAGACGGCGAUGCAGCUGAUCAACAAGCUGCUGGCCGAGCGCGGCAUCAUGGGGCUGUACAAGGGGCUCGGCGCCACUGCGGCUCGGGACGUGUCCUUCAGCGUCAUCUACUUCCCCACCUUCGCCAUCCUCAACGACUUGGGGCCGAAGGAGCCUGGCGCUAGCAGCCCGCCCUUCUGGUGGUCGUUUAUUUCGGGGUGCAUCGCGGGCUCGUCCGCCGCGAUCGGCGUCAACCCCCUCGACGUGGUGAAGACGCGCAUGCAGACGCUCACCAAGGGCGCAGGCGAGCGCCAGUACACCGGCAUCGUCGACUGCAUCACGACGACGCUGAGGAACGAGGGCAUCACGGCGUUCUUCAAGGGCGGCGCGUGCCGUAUGAUGGUGAUCGCGCCGCUGUUCGGCAUCGCGCAGACCAUCUACUACAUCGGCAUCGCCGAGUCUCUGCUCGGCUACCCGAGAUAAACUAUGACAGCUAUGUAAAACGCAUCAAUACCUACGAUUUAAAUAUAAUCAGCCUCCUGUGACUGAUCGGAAUCUAGGGGUGGGCGUUUAAGUACGUUAUUGAUAUGACUUUGUUGAUCGUUUAACUAAUAUUGUGCAAAUCGAUACAAAUAUUGUGCAAAUCGAUGGAAACAAGUUUAAUUGUAGAUUACUAGUUCACUUCGGGGAGUAAAGGGGCUUUUAUUGAACCAGUGGGCUACAUGCCAGUCUUCAACAGUUGAAACUGGGUGCGUGUAGCCAACGUGCCAAUCGUUCACGUUCCAUAGCGAACAAAACGCAACUGUCACUGUCGCACUAAUAUGAAAGAGUGAUAGAGAGAGAUGACUACGCUACGCUACGGAGCGUUAACGAUUGGCACGUUGGCUACGCAGCCUGGCGUCCUUACCGGCCAGGGUAUAUUAAAAUCAUGCAAAAUUAUUAAAUAGAACAUAUUUCAAUAUCAAAUUAACAGCAAAAGUCACAAUAAAUUGAUAUUGUUAAAUACUGUUAUUAAAAGCAGAACGAAUAUUGUUCAGAAAAUUUAUACACUUAUUAUUAUUGUUAAAAAUCAAUGGUUUACGUUUUAAGCCCUUCUGUUACGCUUAUAGCUCAAUUGUUUUAAAAUAUAGGUAUACUUUAAGUUACUUUAGUCAAGAGCAAUUAAAAGUGAUAUUACUUUAUUUAUUGUUACCGUAAUUUUAUUAUUACUCUGUUGAAGUUAGGGCUAGCUGAACAAUGAAAUUGUAGGUAUAUUUCUUUAAUUUCACACACGACGCGUGAGAUCUUAGGUAACUUGUUACGUAAAAUUGCAAAUCCGUAUAAACGACAUUGAAGUCUGUAAGUGUAAAAACAAAACGAUGAACGUGUUUUCGCCAUCUUAACACUCGUAAAACACUGGUCCAGGCUGUGUAUGUUUUAUCUUUAUUUAAAUAAAAUUAAUAUUAUUUUUAUUGCUUCUUUUACAUAAUAUAAUAAAUAUUUUUAUCCAAGGAUGAGAAAUAUUAUGAAUUAAGAUGAUAUGAUAGUGUUUGGUUCUGUCUAACAGAACGUCCUCCUAAAGACAUUGCUCGUCCAAAAUUAAAUUGAGUCGCUUGUUCAUAUCUCGGUUAGACAUGUUGAUAUGUUUUAUCAGUGAUGAUGACAAUAAUAUCAUGUGUGUAAAAUAGCGAACUAGGUAGCAUGAAAUUAACUUAGCACGAGUCCAAUUUUAUCAAUGUCAAUUGAAUGAUGUAUGGUGAGUUACUGUAGAAUAUGAUUCUCAUCUUGAUUAUCAGUAACUGAUAAGACACUCAUAUAAUAUUAUCAGACUGCCAAUAUACAUUGACAAGUAUCGCUUUAUCAAAACGAGGGUGUGUUCAGAAAAAUAAGUACAUAAUGUGUAAUUUCAAGUUUUUCUUAAAUCUAUUGAGAUAUUGCACACGAUCUAAUCUAAGAUUUCGGAGGAAGAGUUCUUAGCACCAACUAAAAUAUCUUCGGUGAAUAUUGAGCAUAGCAUAGUUAAUUAUGUGCUGUAGUAAUAGAAUUGGAAUACACUUGGUAUUAAAAAAAAAUACAUACAUACAUACAUACAUACGUAGUUCAGUAUUCAGCAACGAAGCAUUUAUAUAUUAUUAUAUAGUACAAGUACGAAGACAAGUUACAGUACAAACUGUCACUAUACAAUUAUUCAAGUGACUUAGGUGUCGUAAAAAUUGAUGUUGUUUGCAUGCCUACAUAUUUUCGUCUGCGUUAUUGAAUAACCGUGUUACGAAUAUUUAAUCCUUAUUAUGUAAAGAUAUCAUAAAGACAAUAACAUGCCAAUGGUGUUAAAAUCAUUAUAAAUGUGUUUGUGGUGUUAUAAGGUAAAGUUAAUAUAUAUACAUAUGUCAUGUCAAUUAAACUAGGUAUCUCCUUCCAUGACUUCCCUCUGGGAUUCGCCGAUCUAGGUAUAAUGAUUCGAAAUGGAACGUGUUUCAGUUUGCCAUGCCUAAAUUAUUGCAAAAGAGAGAGCAGGUGUGAUUACAGCCAUUGAGUUAUUACUAUUAUAGAAAAGCCAUACCAAACAAUGAAAUUGUCGCAAUUGCAACCUGUACCACGCGAUCAAAACGUCGUAAGCGCCGUAUAAUUCAUGGCGCUUACGCGUUUAGGUCGCGAGACUUACGCUCUGCUUCUAUGGUUUGUUGUCAGAACAACAACAAGUCAUGGCGUUAACUACUGGUUUUCUGGGUUCUAUACGUAGUAAUAUAAUUACAACACUUUUUUUUUUAUAUAGAUCCGUUUUAGAUAUCAAGUCGCCGACAUACAUUUUUGCACUUCGGAAGCUGGUAACUUUGGCUAUUGAAUUGUAUAUUUUUAAACAAUUGAAAAUUUACCACGUCUCAUCUAAAAGACAGCCGAAAUAUAGUUAUGAAAUUUAGAUGUGCUUUCUUUUAGGUGCAUAAUAGGUAGAUGUUGAGAUUAAAUAUUACGUUAACAACA